GGCGGGCAUCAGAAAGUCUACUCUUUUCUUAUCCCUUCCUCGAUUUAUGUCUAAUGCCAGAAACUGUCCAUCCUUCCGGACCAAUCCGAUCUCCUCCCACAGUCUUUCCAGGCCGUAUUUGAGUUCUACAUCGCGCUUAUACUCUUAUAACGUUGAUAUCGACCUCUCUGACGAAGAGGCCAAAAGGCGCUUAUUCAACAUGCUUGUAUAUAGGAGCAAACAGAGAGGGUACCUAGAGCUGGACCUCAUUCUGGGUAAUUGGGUGGAGAAUCAUAUACAUUCUAUGGAUGCAAAUGGAAUCAAGGCACUUGUUCACGUUCUUGAUGCGGAGAAUCCAGAUCUGUGGAAGUGGUUGACAGGUCAGGAGCAAGCUCCAGAUUCAAUAAGAACCAAUCAUGUGUUCACUGCUGUACAUGAAAAGGUCCUAAACAACCUCGACAAACACGCGUCCCCUGAGACUCACGCCAUUCCCGGACAGGAAUGGGUGAGAGGGUGGGAUGAUUUCAAAAGGGGUCGGGAUGGGCCUAUAGUUGGGAAUCAGUAGCACUUUUUUGUGGUUGCUUGCUUGAGAUCAAGUGUGUAUGAAUAAAAAAAAUGUUGUGUGAUAAUGUGAUAUACGUAAUAUAUAGAAGAAUAACAUAUACUCCGUAGUACUUAUGUCAUUUCAUUUGAAUUUUCUGUAAGAUUUUAAGUGACAUAUAAAAGACUAUACUAACAUCCUUUUAGCUCUGAGCAAUUGAAUCUCAAUCUAGUAGGGGUGACAUUGAUCGUGUCCGAUCAUCCAAAGGUAGAAAUCUUAAUGGUAACAGUCAUACUAGUCAUCUACCGGUUUG